UUUCCCUACUUUUAAACUUGUUUUUGUUUUCUUCCAUAAUUUCUUUUCUGAUUUCUGAAAGGUAAGAUUCUUGUGUUUUGGUUGGUUAAAAAGUUUACCGCUGGAAUGUAAAUUUUAGCGGUUAAAGUGUCAGUAUCACGAUGGUGCCGUUACCAUGAUAUGCAGGUGGUCUUUCCCUUUUUAUGGCGUUUUCUACUGUUUUGUGAACAAAUUCUUAGAUUUAAAUAGUGAGACAAGAUAUAAGUUGAUGUGAGUUUUCCCUGUUCUGAUUUUGUUAAGAGUUGAAAAUCUUGAAAUUUAUGGGUUUCAUUUGGUUGUGUCAGUAAAUGAAUAUAUAUAAAAAAAACAUUUUCUGUUUGAUUUUCAUUUCUGGUGCCGAAUUGAAGAGAUUUUUUUAGAGUCACUGAGCUGUUUUCAGCCAAUUACUAUAUAAUUUAUGGUGAUUUCGGGAUAACGGCAUUUGAAGAGCUUAGAUGAGUGUGGAUGAAGCCGGUAGCAGCUCCGAGUGGACUAGGGAGCAAGACAAGGCAUUUGAGACUGCCCUUGCAACUUAUCCCGAGGACUUUUCAGAUCGGUGGGAAAAAAUUGCAGCCGAUGUACCUGGAAAAACUUUGAAAGAGAUUAAAGAACACUAUAAACUUCUAGAGGAUGACAUUAAUGCGAUCGAAUCAGGCUGUGUGCCUCUUCCGCCGUAUAAAUCUACCGAGAGUUCUGCAGGCCAUGCUGGUGAUGAAGGAGCCGGUAAGAAGGGAACCGGCCAUGUACGGCAUAACAGUGAGUCAAAUCAUGGGAGUAAGAAUUCAAAGUCCGAUCAAGAACGCCGCAAGGGGAUUGCUUGGACAGAGGAUGAACACAGGUUAUUUCUUCUCGGUUUGGAUAAAUACGGGAAAGGCGACUGGCGAAGCAUAUCCCGGAACUUGGUGGUCACUAGAACACCGGCACAAGUUGCAAGUCAUGCGCAAAAAUACUUCAUCAGAUUGAACUCGAUGAGCAAAGAUCGGAGGCGAUCUAGCAUCCAUGAUAUUACCAGUGUUGGCAAUGCAGACGUUUCAGCACCCCAAGGUCCGAUCAUCGGUCAAUCAAACGGCCCCGCACCCGUAGGAAAACCAACCAAACAGCUUCCAGUACAUCAGGCUGCGCCACCUGGUCUCAGUGUGCAUGGUGUUCCAACUAUGGGGCAACCGAUAGGGGGUCCCCUAGUCUCAGCAGUUGGCACACCCGUGAACCUUCCUGCCCCGGCACAUAUGGCUUAUGGAGUCAGAGCGACUUUACCCGGAACAGUCGUUCCGGGUGCUCCAGUGACUUACCCGAUGCCGCAUGCAUCUGCUCACAGGUAAUAAGAUUUGCUUAACUGCAAGCACAACUUAUGUCUGUCAUUUGUUUAAUCCUAAUAAGGCCACAGGGAGAGAAUCUAAAUGUAUUUUUAUAGGGAAACUAUGGA